CCGGAGCUGCUGACGCGCGCGGGCGUCACUCUGUGCGUCAACGUCUCGCGACAGCAGCCCGGCCCGCGCGCCCCCGGCGUGGCCCAGCUGCGCGUGCCUGUGUUUGACGACCCGGCCGAGGACCUGCUGUCGCACCUGGAGCCCACCUGCGCCGCCAUGGAGGCCGCGCUGCGCGCCGGCGGCGGCUGCCUUGUCUACUGCAAGAACGGCCGCAGCCGCUCGGCCGCCGUCUGUACCGCCUACCUCAUGCGGCACCGCGGCCUCAGCCUGGCGCAGGCUUUCCAGAUGGUGAAGAGCGCCCGCCCCGUGGCCGAGCCCAACCCGGGUUUCUGGUCUCAGCUCCAGAAGUAUGAGGAGGCCCUGCAGUCCCAGGCCCUCCUGCCCAGGGAGCCUUCGGGACAGCCCCGACCUGGACAUGCCGCGCAGCAGAGUGAGCCCUAGCCGGGAGGGGCGCCCCGCGCCCCAGGGCUUCGCCCCGGAAAUGCAGCUCUGGAGGGUCUCGGCCCUUUCUGCCCAGGUUAUGCACGUGUCCCCCGAGGGGGCUCGCCCGCGCACUAGAAGGGGUCUGGUCGGAGCCAGGACCCCUGCGGAAUUUCGGCAUAAAGACGCUGCAGCGCGAUGGAGCCCGGAGCCAGCCACGGGAGAGCCGCCCGCCUGCCUCCCCAGACGGCGCCGGGCCUGGCUGCCCACCCGGCGGGGUCCCGCAGCCGCCCCGGCUCCACUGCCCUCCCUGGCGCCCUGGCCUCCCUUCCGCAGGCGUGGGGGCCGACCCUGGGCACCGCGGCCUGCUGCUUGUGCUCCCACACGCCUGAGGACCGGCAGGGGAGGCAGCUUGGAACCGCAGGUGACCUGGACAGGUGGGCACACGACACCAUCGCAAAUAAAAUCCUGUCGCUGG